UAUUCUUACUUCAAUACUCCUGAAUUUUCAUCUCAAGUGCUUCGAUGUUUCACAUUCUUUGAGCUCCCAAUCAACCUUUUAGGAGCUUACAGUAUUCUUUUUAAAACCCCAAGUUCUAUGAAGCCUAUAAAAUGGAACAUGGUUAAUUUACAUUUUUGGAAUAUGGUUCUGGAUAUAUUGUUCACAAUUUUAGUUUUUUUUUGCCAACUGGAGUCUGAUUUUGGGGUUCCAUCAAAUGUACAAGUUAUUUGUUCACUUGUUGUUCUUAUGAGUAAGUCAAAUCUGAAAACGUUUUCAGUAGUGUGUGUCACUGUUAUCUCAAUAAUGGAAAACCGAUAUUACUUCUUAUUCUCCAGAAGAUCGUGCUGGAAAAGUUGCCGACAUUCUUUCAUGGUCUGCAACUAUGCGAUAGUAAUUGGGUGCAUCUUAUUCCCAUCUUUCCAGCCAUCACCGAAUGUAGAUGUUUUUCAGAAAAUGUUCCCUGAAAUUCCGAUAUCCACACACUCAACGUCGUUAUUUAUAUUCAACACUGACAGAUUUUAUACGUCACUGUCUAUGUUUUCAGCUGGGGUUUUGAUUAUGUCUGAAACAGCCAUUUUCUGUGGUUUGAUAAUUUGGAACAUGUGGAAACAGCACGAGCACACUUCGAAAAGGGCUUUCGAAAUGCAAAAAAGAUUUUUGGUGGCUUUAGCGAUUCAGAUAUCCGUGCCAUUUAUUAUCCUUGCUGGUCCAGCGACAUACAACUGUUUUUCUAUUUUAACCAGAUAUUAUAAUCCCGUUGCUAACAAUGUCGUUCUCAUCACAGUUUCCACUCAUGGAUGGGUUUCUGCUAUUGUGAUGUUGACGAUACAUGAGCCAUAUAGGAAU